GAGAGGGGGGGGGAACAGGGCCGGUCUUUACCUGCUGCUUCCUGCCACCCCCCCACCACAGCGGCGGAGGGGGGUCGCUGCAUGGAGCCGGGACCCCCGCGCACGGAGCCGGCUGCCACCCGCCCGGCCGGAGACGGGGCACCCAGGGCCGGUGGGUGCCGGGGUCCUGGGCCCAGACGUCAGCCGGAGGAGGACAACAGAGCUGCCAAGAUGGCGCCACCAAUCGGGGAUGUUUCUGGCAAGGCCCAAGAGGGGGGCCUGACCUCCGUGUCAUUGGCCGGCCCCAAGGCGGAGGAGGAGGAAGUCGCCAAGAUGGCGUAUCUCAGUGGGGAUGUUGUGGAGACCACCAAGGGGCAUGCAGUAUGGAAGACCGUGGCCAACAUGUUGACUCCCAGGAUGGACAUUCCUGGGAAGGGCCAAUGGGCAUGUCCAGCCUCCAUCUCACUGACUGUCCCUAAGGUUGAGGAGGAGGAAGAGGCUGCCAAGGUGGAGCCUCUCAACAGGGAUGUUGCCGUGAAGGCAGAAGGGGGACAGUCACCGUGGAUGACUAUGGCCAAGACGAUGCCGCCAAACAUGGAUGUUCCUCGUUUGGGCCAGCUGGGACGUGUGGCCUCCGAUUCAUUGCCUGUCCCUAGGACUGAGGAGGAGGCCGAAGACACCAGGAUGGUGCCACCCAAUGGGGACGUUGACGUGACGAGCCAAGAGGGACAUUCAGCAUGGAUGACCAUGGCCAAGAUGGAGCCUCUCAACGGGGACGUUGACAUGAAAGCCCUAGGGGAACCCUUGACCCUGAGGCCUUUCCCUAUCUCCAAGGCCGAGGAGGAUGAAGCCACCAGGCCGGUAACUCCCUCCGCUCCUGCUUGCCGGGAGCGCCCGUACCGCUGCGGGGAAUGCGGCAAAGCCUUCUCCCGCAGCUCGUCCUGCGUCAAGCACCAACGCACCCACACGGGCGAGCGCCCCUAUGGGUGCCCGGAUUGUGGCAAGUCCUUCGGCCAGAGCUCCACCCUCAACCGGCACCGCCAGGCCCACCUGGCCGACAGGCCGCACCGCUGCGCUGACUGCGGCAAGGCCUACGGGACCGCCUCGGCCCUGGCCCAGCACGGCAAGAGUCACCUGGCCGAGAAGCCGCACCGGUGCCCGCAGUGCGGCAAAGGGUUCUGCGAGCGGUCGAACCUGGCGAAGCACCUGCUGACCCACACGGGCGAGCGGCCCCACCGGUGUGCCCAGUGCGGCCGCGGCUUCAGCCAGAAGGCCAAUCUCCGGCGUCACCAGGAGACUCACGGCGGUGCGGCGUCGCACCGGUGUGCCGACUGCGGGCGGGCCUUCCGCCACGCCCGCCGGCUGGCUCAGCACCGCCGGUCCUGCCCCGCGCCCGGCGAGCCCCACGCCUGCGCCGACUGCGGCCAGACCUUCGCCGCCCGCUCCCAGCUGGCCCGGCACCGCCGCCGGCACGCGGAGGAGCGCCCCUACCGCUGCGGCGUCUGCGGCAAGGCCUACGGCGUCAGCUCCCACCUGCUGGUGCACCUGCGUGGGCACACGGAGGAGCGGCCCUACCGCUGCGGCGAGUGCGGGGCCGGCUUCGCCGAGGCCGCCAAGCUGGCCCAGCACCGCCGCAGCCAUACCGGGGAGCAGCCCCACCAGUGCGGGCAGUGCGGGCGCCGCUUCGGCCUGCGCUCCAACCUGACGCGGCACCAGCGGGCCCACGCCGGCGAGAAGCCCCACCGCUGCGGCCAGUGCGGCCGGGCCUUCGGCCGCGCCUCCAACCUGGCCCAGCACCAGCGGACCCACCGCGGCGAGAAGCCCUACCGGUGCGGCCAGUGCGGCAAGGCCUUCGCCGUCAGCACCCACCUCCUCAUCCACCAGCGCUCCCACACCGGGGAGCGGCCCUUCCCCUGCCCCCGCUGCGGCAAAGGCUUCACCGUCAUCUCCAACCUCCGGCAGCACCUGCGGAUCCACACCGGGGAGCGCCCCUACCCCUGCGCCCAGUGCGGGAAGAGCUUCCGGGCUCGGACUCACCUCCGGGCCCACCAGAAGCUCCACGCCUGAGCGGGCGGGCGGGCGGCGGGUCUGCGGGCG